ACACAGCAUCAAUGAAGAAAAUCAUUUUAUUUGUUUGCCUCUUCAGUCUGGCCAUUGGGUAUCCGAUUUCAGAUUCAGAUUCGAAUACCUCAGAAGAUGUUGAGGGGAACAGCAAGUCAUCAGAAUCCAGCCUACAAAGCUCAGAACAACAGCAUGAUUCAAGCGAAGAAGUUGCUCAUCAUCACAAUGAAGAGGUUAGCGGAGGACAACAUGAAGAUAAUGGUGAUCAACAUCCCCUUCUAGGUGCUAUUGAUAGCAUAGAUGUUGAGGAGCAACUACUAAGUGUGGAUGAUGGAGAUAAGCAUGAAGAUGACAGUGCUGUAUCUGCUGUCCUAGAGGAGGAAAACGUGGAAGAGGUAUUAAAGGAAAGCAGGGAACAUCCUAAUGGUAGUGAAGAAGAUGAUGAACAUGAUGAUGAUGAAUCUGGAAGCCAUGAGAACAAGUUUGACAAGUCUCCUGAAGUUCCAAAAAGUGAGGAUCACUCAGAUACUGCCCCUGAAAAACAUAGAGGAUCAUGGAAACUCUCAAAUGAGGCAAUAAAGAAAAGCAGAGAAGAUGCUGAAAAUGACCAAGAUGGAAAGAUUCAAAGGGAGUCAUCUCAUGAAGAUAACAUAGGAAAUGAUGUUAAUGAAUUCAAUGACAAUGAUCAUGUAGACACUGAUGAUGAUGAUGAUGAUGACAAAGAUGAGGAUGGUGACUAUGAAGACAAUGUAACCAUCAAAGCUGGAAACAGUAAGGAGGAUAAUCAGGACUGUGGAAACAGUAAAGAAAAUAAUUAUGAUAUCAAAAGCAAACAAAAAAAAAGUCAGGAGCAUAGCUUGGAAACAGACAGUGAAGAAAUGCAAAAUGAUGAUUCAAAUGUAUCAUUAAAUCAUAACAGUGAAUCCAGUGUAAACAGGGAUAUUACCAUAAGUGUGAUCUCCGAAAGAAGCAAAAAAGUGAAGACAGACAAGCAGAUUACUGUCAGAAAAGGAGAUGUUUCAACAAAAAAUAACAGCAGAAACAAUAAAUACAACGGGCAAAACCUAAUGUUAAGUGGUUAUAAAACUGCCAAAACACCAAAUUCUGAAGUAUUGGAUACUGCUGGAAAUGUAUUGGAUAGCAAACAUGAUGAAUCAAAAAUAUUGGAUAGUGAAUCAACUGAAGAUAUUAAUUCUAAAGAAGAACCUGUCUCAAAAGAAAAUAGCCAUUCAAAGGAAGACAUUCACUUAAAAGAGGAUGUUCCCUCUGCAGAAGACAUUCAAUCCCCAGAAGAUACUAAUUCCCAAGAAGACAGUCACUCAAAAGAGGAUGUUCCCCCUGCAGAAGACAUUCAAUCCCCAGAAGAUACUCAUUCACAAGAAGACAGUCACUCAAAAGAGGAUGUUCCCUCAGCAGAAGACAUUCAAUCCCCAGAAGAUACUGAUUCACAAGAAGACAGUCACUCAAAAGAGGAUGUUUCCCCUGCAAAAGACAAGCAAUCCCCAGAAGAUACUGAUUCCCAAGAAGACAGUCACUCAAAAGAGGAUGUUCCCUCUGCAGAAGACAUUCAAUCCCCAGAAGAUAUCCAUUCACAAGAAGAUAGUCACUCAAAAGAGGAUGUUCCCCCUGCAGAAGACAUUCAAUCCCCAGAAGAUAUCCAUUCACAAGAAGAUAGUCAGUCACAAGAGGACUCAAUAGAAAGCUCUCCCAAAGACGUACAGUCAAGGGAGUAUACUCAUUCACGUGAAGAUACACAUUUAACUAGCAGCAAACAUUACAAUGCUGCAAAUGAGGAUACAACCAAGUCUAAGGAAUCGCCUGAAGAAAUAAUUCAAUCGCAAGAAGAUAGUCAAUCAGAAGACGUUGAAAAUAAGUCAAAAGAGCAUGGCAGCCAUAGUAAUACCAAAGAUAUGCUGCAAAUAAAACAAAAAGAAAAAGCAAUGGAAAACAAGAGUAAAAGUUCAUCUGUGGAAGAUCAGGAUAAGUUCAGGUCUACACAAGAUAAAAGUGAAUCCAUAGAAGAUGUUGAUGGUAAAGAAAUCUCCAAAGAAGAUUCUGAAGAUACAGACUCAGCAGAAAAUGAUAGGAAAUUAGAUGGCAUUGCCACCAAAAUAGAGCAAGACAGAAGCAGUGAGUCAACAGAAGUCAAUAAUUCCUUCAGACUGAUGUCCGUUGUGUUAGGAAAUAGUUCUUUAGAUGACAGCAAAUCUUCCAGUAAGUCAGCAGAGGUCAACACAGUUUCCAAAGAGAGCACUGUAGAAGAUCAUGACUCAUCGGACAAUGACGACCAAGAGAGCAUAUCAGCAGAAGACAAUGAAAGCUCAUCUAGAGAAACUAAAGAAUCCAUUGAGGUGAGGCCGAAUAGUGAGUCCAGUGAGUCUGAAGAUGUCAGUAAAGAUUCUUCAAGUUCUGAAUUUUAUAGCAGAAGGUUAAUGUUUGGUGUCUAUCAACGGAAAGCCAUUGGGAAUGAUAAUGACUGCCAAGAUGGAUAUUAGACCCAGGAACAUAACCAGUUGAAACCUAGCUUAUUUAACAUAUAACCAGUUUCUGCUUAAAAAGGAUGUGUCUGGUAAAUGGAACUGGAAGAUAAAAUGCCACCCUCUGAUAUAUAUAAGUUGUCUUUAAGAUCUAGACGUUCUGUUACAUCACAAUAUUGUAGAGUAUAGUACAGUCAGAUUAACGUUAUGAAUCUUUCCCUGCAAGACAAGACAGUGGAAGAAAUAUAAGCUAGGUAUGCAUUGGUGUAUCCAUAAUUAUACCUCAAAACAGUCUAAUUUCUAUUAGAAAGAACCCACAAAGCACUGGAAGAGCUUUCUUUUCAAGAAUAGUCAAAUAUCUUAACUGUGCCUUUUAACUUAAAGAAUUUUGUUGUGAUAGAUAUUUAAUUCUUAACUGCAUUAACGGGGCUAUAUUUGUCCAAUAUAUAUGAACUGUCCAUAUUCCACCAACAUUUUGUUUACAGUAAGAUUAUAGCAGACACACAUGGUCAAUGUUCCUUCUUUCAUACUGUCAUCCAGCAGAGUAUCUACAAUCAAAGCACAGGUAGUAAGACGGUUUAAGCAAAAAAUAAAAUAGUUUGGGGGUGGGGACGCUUUUUUGUA